AUGAAUGCGCUAGUAUUAGGUGCUACAGGCCUAUGUGGGGGAGGAUUUUUGAGACACGCUCAGGAGGCCCCCCAGUUCGCUAAGGUUUAUGCUAUAUUGAGAAGAGAGGCGCCCUUCCAAGCCGCUGGCAAGGUUGUGGCCAUGGUAGAAAAAGAUAGUUCGGAGUGGUCAGCGUUAGUCACGAACGAAAUGCAUCCGCAGGUACUAUUCACCGCAUUAGCAACGACAAGGGCAGCUGCAGGUGGCUUGGACAAGCAGUACAAAAUCGACCACGACUUAAAUCUGCAAUUGGCUCGGGCAGCCAAGGACAAGGGAUGUGAAACGAUUGUACUUGUUUCUUCUGCUGGUGCUCAUGCAGACUCUAGAUUCGGCUACAUGAAGAUGAAAGGUGAAAUUGAGCGUGAUGUUAUCGCUCUUAAUUUCAAGCACACUAUAAUUCUACGUCCGGGCCCCCUUUUGGGUGAAAGGGAAAAUUCUAAGCAGAGCGGGUUUGGUGGUAAUCUUGCUGCUGCGUUGGGCGUUCGUGUGUACCGUUCUAGAUUCCAGAGUUGGUUGGGCUACCCAGUCUACGGCGAUGAGGUUGGAAAGGUUGGUGUUCAUUUAGCUUUGAAUCUCACUGGGAAGAGCAAAGUCCAAUUUGUUUCGAGUAAGGAAAUCCUCGACAUUUCCAGUUCCCUUGAGAAAAAUACUACUUAA